GAAUUGUUACUCAGGGACACAGAAUUGUUACUGAGGGCCACAGAACCGUUACUUAGGGCCACAGAAUUGUUACUCAGGGACACAGAAUUGUUACUGAGGGCCACAGAACCGUUACUUAGGGCCACAGAAUUGUUACUCAGGGACACAGAAUUGUUACUGAGGGCCACAGAACUGUUACUUAGGGCCACAGAAUUGUUACUCAGGGGGACACAGAAUUGUUACUCAGGGACACAGAAUUGUUACUGGGGGCCACAGAACCGUUACUUAGGGCCACACAGAAUUGUUACUCAGGGACACAGAAUUGUUACUGAGGGACACAGAACUGUUACUUAGGGCCACAGAAACUAGUAUGUCAGACAACAAGCCAGAGGAGUGGCAGAGGAGGCAAUGUUUUAGGAGCGAGCAGACGUGGCAGCAGAGGAAGGGGUCGAGGCAGCA